AUGAAUCAAAAUAAUGGUAAUAGUUAUGCUACUACUACUACUACUACUACUACUACUACUACUACUACUACUACUACUACUACUACUACUACUACUACUACUACUACUACUACUACUACUACUACUACUACUACUACUACUACUACUACUACUACUACUACUACUACUACUACUACUACUACUACUACUACUACUACUACUACUACUACUACUACUACUACUACUACUACUACUACUACUACUACUACUACUACUACUACUACUACUACUACUACUACUACUACUACUACUACUACUACUACUACUACUACUACUACUACUACUACUACUACUACUACUACUACUACUACUACUAAGACUAAGACUACUAUUACUACUAUCAAUAAUAAAAAUAUUGUUAUUGAUGUUUUUCAUUGA